AUCUACCAGGAUUUUGUGAUAUUUCGUUGUUCACUCUCAACGUGUCCGUCAGUGGCGGCGUUGGUUUUGCCUUGCACUCGAAUUCUCUACCUUCACGACGUCGGAUACUUGCAUCAGGGCCUUUCCCGCUGCAACUCCCGUCUCCUCGCCGCGAAAAUGGAUUCUUCCAGAGGCCCUCCACGGGUCAAGAACAAGGCGGCGGCGCCUGUUCAGAUAUCCGCUGAACAACUCCUGCGAGAGGCUGUUGAUCGACAAGAGCCGGGACUCCAAGCACCUACACAGCGUUUCGCCGACCUCGAAGAACUCCAUGAAUUCCAGGGUCGAAAACGCAAAGAGUUCGAGGACUAUGUCCGUCGCAACCGGAUUAACAUGAAUAAUUGGAUGCGGUAUGCACAAUGGGAGCUGGAGCAAAAGGAAUACCGGCGGGCGAGGUCCGUCUUUGAGCGAGCACUGGAUGUCGACAGCACCAGUGUUGUGUUGUGGAUUCGAUACAUCGAGGCCGAGAUGAAGACGAGGAACAUCAACCAUGCACGAAAUCUAUUGGACAGAGCGGUGACGAUCCUCCCAAGAAUCGACAAACUGUGGUACAAGUAUGUCUACAUGGAGGAAACCCUUGGUAAUGUGCCAGGAACAAGGCAGGUCUUUGAGCGAUGGAUGAGCUGGGAGCCAGACGAGGCGGCAUGGCUGGCAUACAUCAAGCUCGAGAAGAGAUACGGGGAAUAUGAUCGUGCGCGGGCCAUUUACGAACGGUUUACGGUCGUUCAUCCUGAACCACGGAACUGGAUCAGAUGGGCCAGAUUCGAGGAGGAAAAUGGCACAAGCCAACUGGUACGCGACGUCUUCGGAGUCGCCAUCGAGACGCUAGGCGACGACUUUAUGGAUGAGAAGCUCUUCAUCGCUUACGCACGGUACGAAGCGAAGCUGAAGGAGUACGAGAGAGCUCGAUCAAUAUUCAAAUACGCCCUGGAUCGACUGCCACGCUCGCAAUCGGUCGUACUCCACAAAGCUUACACGCAGUUUGAGAAGCAGUUCGGUAAUCGUGAGGGUGUGGAAGAUGUGAUCCUUGCAAAGCGGCGGGUACAGUACGAAGAACAACUGAAGACGAAUCCGCGCAACUACGAUGUGUGGUUUGAUCUGGCAAGGCUGGAAGAGGCAGGAGGCGACUUUGAACGUGUACGAGAUGUCUACGAAAGAGCCAUUGCUCAGAUUCCGCCUUCGCAGGAGAAACGGCACUGGAGGAGGUAUAUCUACCUCUGGAUCUUCUAUGCUUUAUGGGAAGAGAUGACCAGCAAGGAAGUGGACAGAGCGAGACAGGUGUACCAAGAAUGUCUGAAGCUCAUACCGCACAAGAAAUGGACAUUCGCGAAGAUAUGGAUACUGAAAGCGCAAUUCGAGGUUCGACAAAUGCAACUCCAGGCGGCAAGAAAGACCCUUGGACAAGCGAUUGGCAUGUGUCCCAAAGGCAAGCUCUUCCGCGGAUAUAUUGAGCUGGAGAAACAGCUGUUUGAGUUCGUGCGAUGCCGGACUCUAUUUGAAAAACAGAUCGAGUGGAGUUCUUCCAACGGUCAAGCAUGGAUCCAGUUCGCGGAGCUCGAACGUGGACUUGACGAUUUGGAACGAGCAAGAGCCAUCUUCGAGUUGGCCAUCGAUCAGCCUACACUCGACAUGCCGGAGCUGGUAUGGAAAGCGUAUAUUGACUUUGAAGAAUACGAAGAGCAAUACGAUCGCGCCCGGGCCUUGUAUGAAAGACUGCUUCGAAAGACCGAUCAUGUCAAAGUCUGGAUAAACUAUGCUCGAUUUGAAAUCAAUGUACCGGAUCCAGAUGAGCCGGCAAUGGCGGAUGGCGAAGAACAAAAAGUCAGCGAGGAGGCCAAGGCUCGAGCUCGGAAGGUCUUUGAGCGGGCUCAUGAUGUUUUCAAGGCGAAAGAGAUGAAGGAAGAACGGGUUGACUUGCUGAAUGCAUGGCGAUCAUUUGAGCAGACUCAUGGUUCGCCAGAUGAUAUUGAGAAGAUUGAGAAACAGAUGCCUCGCAAGGUCAAGAAGAGGAGAAAGAUUGAAGAGGACCGCUUCGAGGAGUACAUCGACUAUGUAUUCCCUGCCGACGACGAGAGUGCAGCCAAGAUGUCGAAGCUGUUACAAAUGGCGCACCAAUGGAAGGCGAAACAACAAGAGAAUGGCACUGUGGAAUAAUUGAGACAGUUAUCAAGGACAAGACCAUAUCAAGAGGGUCAAGAUAUUGGUUAUUCCCGCUUGAUAUCUUGGUAGUUGCUACAAGAUCGUCACGCUUCCACGUGGGUACCAUGUCGUGCCUGUCUCAUUUCACGUACGGAGUACAUUCGGGCUGAUGGCGUUGAGAUGAUGUACGGAGGCGUGCACCAUUUGUAGUGUCCAGCAAAAACUUAGAAAGACCGGGUUUUAUGACCUGACACAGCAACUCCCUAGCUUCCCGGCCCUAUGAACCUGGAGAUGCCUGAAAACGGUAACUCGCUUAGGUAGUAUAGG